GUAAAUGUGAGUCGGGUCUGUGGGGAAACGAGUGAUUUUCUAAGUGGAGUGAGUGCUGCGUAAAGAGCAGAAUGAGUAAGAAAGAUCCGCAGGGUGUCGCCGUCAUUCUCGACUACAUGAACGAAAAUAACCGGCCGUACAGCGCGCAGGAUGUGUUCGGGAACCUGCAGAAGCAGCUCGGCCUCGGCAAGACGGCUGUGGUUAAGGCUAUGGAGCAGUUGGCACAGCAGGGGAAAAUCAAGGAGAAGGUGUACGGCAAACAGAAGAUCUACUUUGCAGAUCAGUCCCAGUUUGCGGACGUGAGCGAUGCGGAUCUCGGGGACCUGGACGGCCGCAUCGCAGAGCUCAACUCCCAGGUGCAGACUGUGACGCAGAGCUGCAAAAAGCUGGACGCAGCGCUGAAGGAGCUCCAGAGCUCCCUGACAACAGAGGAAAUGACGAAGGAGGUCGAGGAGCUGAAGCAGGAGUGUUGUGCGUGCAGGGAGCGGUUGAAGGGAAUUAAAUCAGCGGACAAUCACGUUACGCCAGAGGAGAAAGAGAAGGUUUACAAGGAGAGAAAUGCUUACCUAAAGGAGUGGAAGAAAAGAAAGAGAUUGGCAUCGGAUAUGAUUGAUUCCAUUUUGGAGGGAUACCCUAAGAGCAAGAAACAAUUUCUGGAGGAAGUUGGAAUAGAGACAGACGAAGACUGUAAAGUGAACAUGCCGAGCGUGUGACGGAACAAUUCUACUGUUGUACGCUAUAGUUACGCUUCAUCUGCUGGCGAUACUUCCGGUUUAAAAAGGGCGGCUUUAUUCCAUUUGUGUUCACGUGUCGUCUUCUACCACUAUGGUUUUUUUUUUUCGCUUUUGAGUUUCACUGAAAAAUCUAAAUGUACAGUAUACAGUAAAAGGAGCACCUGUAAACAAAUAAACAGUUGUUUAUUUGCAAUUACAAAUAUUGAUAUAAAAAUACUUUAUCAGAACAUGAAAAAUGGCCUUGUUUGUAUUUACUGAUAGAAAUAAGGCCAUUUAAGAAAUUUUAUUUGUACAAAAUUCUCAACACAGAACAGUAAUGAUCAGACACUCAACAAUCUUCAAAAAUUACCAUACAGCACAGAUGCUUGAAAAGUAAACUGAAGCCUUGCAGAACAAUCCUUGUGAACAUAUUGAUUUACAUUCUUUGCUUUUCAGUAGACAGUCCCGGG